GAGCUGCGGCGCCUCUGUGGCGGCUGCGCCGCUCACCGCGGGGCCACGGCCCGGCCCUUCCGCUUCCUCCCGGCGGCGGGCGCGUCUGCGCGGGCGGCGGGAGGCGGCAGGCGGCGGUGGCGAGUGACGGAGUGUCCCUCCGCAGCUCUGAGGGGCAGGCGCGGCCCGGCGCGGCCCAUGGACCGGCACAAAGUGAAGCGGCAGCGGCUGGACCGGAUCUGCGAAGGCAUACGGCCUCCUAUUGUGAAUGGCCCAAUGCCAGCACGGCCACUGGUUGCACUCCUGGAUGGACGAGAUUGCACUGUGGAGAUGCCCAUCUUGAAGGAUGUUGCUACAGUGGCAUUUUGUGACGCCCAGUCAACUCAGGAAAUCCAUGAAAAGGUGCUGAAUGAGGCAGUAGGAGCUCUGAUGUAUCACACCAUUACCCUUUCUCGUCAGGAUCUGGAGAAAUUCAAAGCCCUCAGGGUCAUUGUGCGUAUUGGCAGUGGCUAUGACAAUGUUGACAUCAAAUCUGCGGCAGAAUUAGGCAUUGCAGUUUGCAACAUCCCCUCCUCCUCAGUAGAGGAGACUGCUGACUCCACCCUCUGCCACAUCUUGAACCUCUAUCGCCGUGUUACUUGGCUGCAUCAGGCCAUGCGGGAAGGGAACCGAGCUGCCAGUGUAGAGCAGAUUCGAGAGGUGGCUGGAGGCGCUGUGCGUAUCCGUGGGGAGACUUUGGGCAUCAUUGGACUGGGCCGAGUUGGACAGGCAGUGGCUUUGCGAGCCAAGUCCUUUGGCUUCAACGUGAUUUUCUAUGACCCCUAUCUGCCGGAUGGAGUGGAGCGAUCCUUGGGUUUACAACGAGUAGGAACCCUGCAGGAUCUACUAAUGCACAGCGAUUGCAUCACAUUGCACUGCAGCCUGAAUGAACAUAACCAUCACCUCAUCAAUGACUUCACUAUUAAACAGAUGCGCCAGGGCUGCUUCUUAGUGAACACAGCUCGGGGAGGACUGGUAGAUGAGAAAGCCUUAGCACAAGCCUUGAAAGAGGGGAGAAUCAGAGGAACAGCAUUGGAUGUGCAUGAGUCUGAGCCUUUCAGCUUUGCUCAGGGACCCUUAAAAGAUGCACCCAAUGUGAUCUGCACCCCCCACACUGCCUGGUAUAGUGAACAGGCUUCCAUUGAAUCCAGAGAAGAUGCAGCGAAGGAGAUCCGCAGAGCUAUUACAGGUCACAUACCUGAUGCUUUGAGGAACUGUGUUAAUAAGGAGUACUUGCUGUUAGCAGCUCAGUGGUCCAGUAUUGAUCCUGCAACUGUCCACCCAGAACUCAAUGGAGCUGCAGCUUACAGGUUUCCUCCAGGAGUAGUGGGAGUAGCCACCCCUGGGCUACCAGAACCACCAGUAGUGGAGGGGAUUGUAGCUCAUGGGAUCCCUCCUGUUUCUCACUCUGCACCACGUACCCCUUCCCCAGGAGAGACAAGCAAACUGGAUGCAGACAGAGAGAUUCCUGCUGACCAAUAGCAGCAUCUUUCUCCUCUCCUCUGGCAGCAGAAAAAAAAAGUAGGAGGAUAUCUCCUAGGACCUGCUUUAACACCCUACAGAGACUGUUUCCCAUUCCUUCAGGAUGGGAGAAUGCAUUUCAUGACCGGCAAACUUUAGCUCUUGCCUUUCUUUUGUAACCCUUUAGUUUUAAUCUGUCGACUCUUUCUCCUUCUCUGGGGCAGGGCAGCAGCGACCUUGCCUCCCCUUGGAAAUACUUGGUUUAACAAAUGAGUUUUCCCGUGUUUCUGCCCCAGGUGUCUGUGGCAGGGAACUGUCUUGUGCACUGGAAAAGAGCAGCGGAGCUGCCUGAUCAGGGAUGGCCCUUGGAGUUCCUAAGGCCAGACUUCAAUGCACACUUCAUAUGUGACUUACAGCUUAAACUUAAUUUGGCUGAACCUCUCUUUUAAGUGUAGCCCUGGGGAAUAACAGAAAAAUAUUGGAGAAGUUGUGACUGUUGCCUUUAUGCCCUUGGUAGGAUACAGCCUAGGCUUAGCAAUGUGUCUUAGUUGGCUUGUUUCGCUCAAGGUUUCCCCUGAGAACAGACAGAGUGCAGGCAUUGCUAGUCCUUGACAAAGCAAAGUUUUGUUUGUGCAGUUCUAGGCCUGAAGUUAAAGGUAACAGUCUCAAAGCCACCCUUGUCAGUAAUUCAGAAGGCACUAAAAUGUCAUUCAGUGUGUUCUGGUGGCUUUUAUUUUUGUGAGGCUGCAUAAGAGUUCACCGUGGAGUCCAUGUAACUCAGAGAAGGCAAGAGAAUGGAGAAAUGGGGAAAAACUUGCACUGGGAGACAGCAGGUAGCAAUAACUCACAGCUUCAGUUGCUAGUUGCUCACACACAUACCUUGCAGGGUGAUGGCAGUAUUUAUUCACAAGGUAUUGAUCACAUUUGAAAUCUAAGUUUUAUGCUACGGAUUUUUAUUACUGUUUUUGGCAUAACUGCAUCAACUACAGGUACCAUACCACUUGUCUCUGUGCUGAUGGAGAAAGCAGCUUUUAACAGUUGACCAAAUGACUACUUUAGCCCUGCUAACAUGCUGCAUCUCCAAUAGUGGGCAGGGCAAGGCUGUUUUUUCACAUGAAUAAGCUUUGUGAUACUAAAGGAGAAAGAACGCUUCUGGCUUGUCACUCAAAGCCAUGGCAAGGUUGUUGCUCUCAAGUCUUUCUCCAUUUCCCCAAUGAUGGAGUAUGAAUCACUUCUUUGAGGGGUAUGGAGUCAUAAGUAAAAUGGGUUCCACAGGAGAACAUUUUCUUUAAUUCCAAAUCUUCCUUUAGUUUAAUCUUACUACACUUCAGUUGCAGUCUUUCCGUGCACAAGAUGUAACAGUUCCCAAUCGAUUUGUUCAUGUUGUGUGGCUAUAUUAAAGUAGGUGCUAUAUGAGAGGCAUACCCUGUGUGUGGGUUUGUCUGCCUCCUUUGAUUCUUCCCUCUGUUGUGUGUCUGUGACUGGAAGUUGAACAGCUGAGAACAGGCUGGAAGCACCUUGAGGUGUAGACAAAAACCUUUGUUUAGACUAUUUACAGUUUGGGAAGCUGAGGAAAUAUUCCAGAGUCACUAAAUUUUUAGAUUUUUUUCCUGGGUUUAAAAUUUUCUCUAGUACUGCCUUCCUACUGGCUUACUACUGAUGCAGUGAAGUGAUUUCUUUCUCCUCCAUGUCCCCCCACCCCCAUCCCCCCAGCAAUUCAAGAAAGGAAAAUAGGCAAGAAGUAAACUUCAGGUGUUCUCUUACAGAUUUUACACUUUAACUGUUUAGCAUUAGUGAGAUGAUAUUAGUUCUCUAGUGCUGAGUGUCUUUUUUUGGUAAGGUAUUUGUCUCGGUGAAGGUUCUUAGCUUCUGUGUUUUCAUGGAUGAUGCUGAUUCUACUUAUAAUUCAUAUACCUCCUUAGCUGCUCAGGUUUAGCAGAUCAGACUGGGACAGGUGGUAGGCACAAUCUACAGGAGAACUUUUCCUGAACAAAAGCCUCAAGCUGAGAAGCACUUUGAUUGCAGCUGUACCUAAAAUAACCAGCAGCACUUUCCUGAGUUCUCUAAUCUCUAGGAAAUCUAAAUUUUGCAAGCUACUAGCUCAGAAAGCUGUUUUUCUGACAGGCAGAUGGGGAAAAGUUUUCAGGGAGUGAGAGCUCAUCCUGGCUGUUACCACAUUAGGGAAGCAGUCUGUCAUAACUACUCUUUCCUUAUUUGCUGAUGAAAAUUCCUGCUCUGCAUAGAGGUUCAGGUCUGAGAUUAUUUUGUGGUAAAGGGUUUCUAGUUAUAAGCUUUGUGAAUACAGAGGAUCAGAGUACAUUGACCUUAUCUCUUCUAGAGCACAGUGCAAGAUAGAUUUAUUUUUUUAAAGAGGCAGCAAUUUAUUUUAUUUUUUUUUUCCUUUUUUUUUUCCUUUUUAAACUGCAAGUAUCUCCAUAGACCAGUAAAAUAACUGAGCAGAGGAACAGUGGAAAGAUCUCAUUUAGGGGACACUUGAGUUUCUCAGUUCUUGGUUUUGGUGCCUAGAUACACUGGUGAUUAGUAAGUGUAGGAAUUAAAUAAUUGGUGUUUUAAGAGUUGGGUACUAAGGAGUUGAAGCUGACAGCACUGAUAGUGGCUCUGUUCUAUCCAACACCGUGUAGGCUUGUGAUGGGACAUGAAGGCAAUUUUGCCCUUGAUUAAAGCCACCUCAGGAAAUGUGGAGGUAAAAAUGAACAGAACUCUUAUGACCUCAAGGAAGGACUCUCUUUGUGUUUAUAGGAUUACUCUGCUUGUAUGCCAUUUGUACCUCUGUUUAUAGACUGAACCUAUUGAUCACCAGACAAAAGCUGUUCUGAGCAGAUAGCUCAAAGCAAAACUUACCAGUACUAAAGUCCCCUGUGGUCUUCUCCAUCCCAAGUGCCAAGUCCUUUGUUAGCACUCUCCUGUGUGAUACACUGACUUGCAGCUCUCCCUCCCAAGCUUAGUGCAGUAUACAGAAGUGAAAGGAAGGACUUAUUUUGGUUUAAUUUUUUUUUUUUUAAUGCCUUCCUUCAGAACUAGAGCAGAGCUUUAAUCCCAAAGAACAGAAGUCUCCCAGGGUGAGGUGGAAGUGCCCUCACUGCACUAAUCUGCUUACAGGAGGUGCUCACACUGUCCCAAGGUACAUUCUGUUUGUCAGGGUCACUGCUGCUGACCAGCUUUUUUAUAGAGGACUCAGAGUUUCAGAAAUAUAUUUUUGUAGACAAUGACUAAACUGUGAAACAUUGAAAUAAAGCAUGUAAACAAAAACUUA